AGACAAGAAAGAAGCUUCUUUCUGGUCGGUUCAGCAAAAAAAGUCGUCACACACCUACCUCAUCAAAACGUGUCUGGUUUCAUGUUUAACCGUCAAAAAGUGAAAAAAAAAAUGUUCUGUCGGAUUCAAUUAAAUAAAUGAUUAAGAAGAAGAGCAGAAGGCUUUUUUGCUUGCUUGAACAUCUUUUCUUCGGAAAAAAACCGACAAAAUGUCAUUGAAGAUUAAUUUAAUUGAUAAAUUAUAUACAGUAUAUUAUUUUCUGGUUAUGACAUGUUCUAUAACGUUUUGAUACACACAAUAACAAUGGGAUUAGAGAGGGAGAAUACUUCCGACCACGACGCUGGCACUAUAGGAUUGGUAAUAAAAAAACUUUUGUAAUAAUCAAAGUUUUAAAAUGUAGUAAAAAAUCUCAAAUAAUUAAUUCAGUGAUUUGUGUUCAAAAUAAAAAAAAAUAAAAAAAUUAAUUCAGUGAUAAAUAAAAAGAAUUGAAAAUAUUUCACAAAAAAAUAGAGAGAAACAAAAAAGCUAGGUUCGCGCCCCCACCCAUGAUCAAAGUAAUCAAACCAAACAGCUCAGCUCAAAGGAGAGAUUGAUAGAAAGUCCCUACCCAUGAUUCAUUUCUUAAUAGCUGCACGUUCUUUCCUCAAAUCCAAAAUUCUUUUCAUUAAAAAGAGAACCUAACUCUCAAUGUGGGUCUAAGCUUAACAGAAUUUUUUUUUGCUUGAAUCAGCUAUCCAUGUAAAUUAAAUUAAGUAGUGGUCAAGACAAGCCAAUUUUCCGAUUAACCUAACAUCUCCGUCUGGUCGGGCGUGAUCUAUAUAGGAAAAAAUAUAGCCUCUGAUACUUGCUUCUUUUGCUAACUUAAAUGUUUCUUUCUAGUAAAAUUUACCUUUUCUUCUUUUCUUAUUGAGAUCUAGAGAGAGAGAGAAGGAUCACACAAACAUAAAGCUUCUCUCUGUCUCUGUUUCUUCUUGGAACUUGAAUGACAAGAACAAAAGAUAAACUGAAAUCAACAUACCAAUAACAAAACAAAACGUUUUGUUUUAGUGUGUGAUCAUAUAGAGGGGAAGAAGAUGCUGCAGAGAGCUGCGAGCAACGCGUACUCAUGGUGGUGGGCGAGUCAUAUCCGUACCAAACAAUCUAAAUGGCUCGAACAAAACCUUCAAGAUAUUGAAGAGAAGGUGCAAUACGUGUUGAAGCUAUUACAAGAAGACGGAGACUCAUUCGCCAAGCGUGCGGAGAUGUACUACAAGAAGAGACCAGAACUCAUAACCUUCGUCGAAGAAACUUUCAGAGCUUACAGAGCUUUAGCCGAGCGUUACGGCCACAUCUCCACCGAGCUUCAAAACGCCAACACCACCAUCGCCUCUGUGUUCCCCGACCAAGUCCCCACCUUCGCAAUCGACCACGACCACGAAGACGAAGAUGGAGAUCAGAAAGUCGAUAAAAGACAGAACCUCUCUGGUGCUAAUGCCCCCAACGCUCCAAAACUCCCUGACAAAGACUUGAAAGCCGCCGCCACCAAGAAGCUUCAGCAGAGGAAGUCCAUGAAGUACACAGGUGGUGCUACCAAUGUGGUUGUCAAGAGCUCGGGUCUGAGCAAGUCCGAGGCUAAAGAAGAGAUUGACAAGCUGCAGAAGGAGAUACUAUCGCUGCAGACGGAGAUGGAGUUUGUGAAGAGCUCUUACGAGAGAGGCUUGUCGAGCUACUGGGAGUUCGAGAAGAGCGUCAAGGAGAAGCAAGAGAGGAUCUGCUGUUUGCGAGACGAGUUCAGCGAGGGGGUUGUUGAGAUCGAGGACGAGGAAGCGAGGAGGCUGAUGACCGAGACAGCGGUCAAGUCCUGUAGGGAGAAGCUGAUGGAGCUGCGGGAGAGGCAGGAGAAGUCUUGCGGAGAAGCUGGAGAGGAGCGUGCGAAGUUAAAGGAGUCUAGAGAGAGGCUAAGGUCUAUGUCGAGUCGGCUUCUAGGUGAAGAAACUGUUGUAUUUGCUAAAGAGGAUGAUGAAGAGAUGGCUGAGAGAGUUGAUGAGCUUGUGAACAAAGUGAUUAGCUUGGAGGGUGCGGUUUCUUCGCAGAGUGCUUUGAUAGAGAGGAUGAGAAACGAGACGGACGGUCUCCAGACGCAGAUCAGUACUCUUGAAACCGAUAAGGCGGUGUUAGCAGAUGACAAGAGUGGUCUGAGGAUGAAGCUGAAGGAAAUGGAGGAGAGACUCGAAGCAGUGCAGGACUUGGAGAGGAAUGUUAUGGACAAGAGCAGCAAUCUUCAUAGAGAGUUUGAUGAAGUGUGUAGUAACCUCGAUGACCUCUCUACUGGGAAGUUGCACGAGGUGAAGGCGGAGAGCGAGUCUGAACAAACUCAACAUGUUGUGGAAUCUACUGAAAAAGUAUAUUCUGAGAAGAAAGAGUCUAUGCUUCUUGAUAAUGUUUUGGAGAAGCAAAUGUCUUUUAAAGGAUCUGAUAACACUUCCAAUAGCGAACCGGACUGGAAAGAGAUGUUCACCAAGGGAAUGGAGAACAGAGAGAAGCAUUUGCUGACGGAGUACACAACCAUUCUAAGGAGCUACAAGGACAUGAAGAAAACAUCGGACGAAACAGAAACAACGCUGAAGACAGAGAACGCAACAAAAGACGACGAGAUCAAGCUACUAAGAGAGAAAAUGAGCCUCCUCCUGCUGCAGAAGGAUCAUUCUAAUACCAAUGACUUGUCUGAAACCACCCGCUUGUCAAACGACGACUAUUCCAUCACGGCGGUGGAAAACGAGAACAUGUCCCUGGUCGAGGAACAGUUCAGGCUGAACAUCGACGAGCUACUAGAGGAGAAUCUUAACUUCUGGUUACGUUUCAGCACGGCGUUCGGACAGGUACAAAGCUACGACACGUCGAUAGAAGAUCUCCAAGGCGAGAUAUCGAAGCUGGAGGGAUGCAGCAGCACGGCUGUGAGAUCAGACGUUAGACCGCUUUACCUCCACUUACGGGAGAUAAACACAGACCUCGGCCUCUGGCUUGAGAAAGGCGCUGCGCUGAAAGAGGAGCUGAAAGCGAGGUUCGAGUCUCUAUGUAACAUUCAGGAAGAGAUCACUAAAGCGCUGAAGUCGAGCGCCGAAGACGACGACUUCAGGUUCACGAGCUACCAGGCUGCAAAGUUUCAAGGGGAGGUGUUGAACAUGAAGCAGGAGAACAACAAGGUGGCUGACGAGCUGCAGGCGGGGCUGGAUCGCAUCACGGUGCUUCAGAUGGAGGUUGACAGGACUCUAGGGAAGGUGAACGACGAGUUUGAUCUUUCGGGUUCGAAGAAGGGAUCGGAUCCUGGUGGUUUCCAGCAUUCGGAUAGUCGCUCGAGGGUACCGUUGAGGUCGUUUAUAUUUGGCUCUAAGCAGAAGAGAGCUAAGCCGUCUAUAUUCUCGUGCAUGCAUCCUUCACUGUAUAGAAAGAUGAAGGCUUCUACUUAGGUAAGUAAACAUACAGAUUCAUAAACUGUAACUUUUAUUCAGAUUCAUGGAGGAUUUGGUUUUGCGAGAUUGAAACAGUAGUUUUGUGUAUUGGCUUGUCGUUUUUGAGUAUUGUUAGAUUGUUCACAGCUUCUAACUGGAGGAAACAAGAGGAAUGUCUCUCCAGUUUCUUUGUAUGUCUCAGAACCAUUAAAAGAGAAACAGAGUUUGUGUGUGUUUUA